AUGAUAGAAUGCGGCCAUAAGGUUCUGGCUUUCCUCCGCGUGAUUGGCGAAAAAGCCUAUGAAGGAGAACUGACCUUUUAUCUGGCGCAAUUAAAUAAGAAACAAAGUAGAUACGAAGUAGCAAUAGAGCUUUAUGAAAAAGCAGCUAGCGUCAUGAUGGAUAUUGGUGAAAGGGAAAAGAAAGGAUUUUGUCACAAAUGCCUAGGAAUUCUGUUUAAUUCUCUUAAUGAACGUGAUAAGACUGAAAAGUACCUUAAAAAGGCACUUUUGGCCGCGGCGGAAGUCGGCAACAAGGAAGAAGAAGCCGAUUGUUCCAGACGCUUAGGAAAUCUGUUUCAAGACACCGGUAAACAUGGAAUGGCUGAAGAAUAUGUUCAGAGAUCACUUGCUAUCUCCAAAGCAAGUGGCAACAUUCGAGAAGAAAUCGCACAUUAUGUCACCCUAGGAAAUGUGUAUUUUCACAUCGGUGAGUAUAUAUGCCAAAGCAGAAGAGUACCUCGAAACAGCUAUUGAGGAAAGUAAAAAAAAUGGUUACAGAGAAGUAGAAGGAGCUGCUUGCGGAAUCCUUGGCAAGUUGUGUUUCGGUUUCGCGGGGAUUACCUCACGGCCAAAGAAUAUCAUGAAAACUCGCUUAAAAUCAGCAAAGAACUUGGCCUUAGACGAGAAGAAGCAGUAGAUCUCGGAAACUUAGGGAACAUGUAUUGCUUUAUCGGCGAAUACGACAAGGCUGAAGAAUUUCACUCGAAAGCACUUGCAAUCAGAAAAGAAACUGGAGACAAAAAAGGAGAAGCAACUGAUUACGGAAACCUUGGAAUGGUGUUUCUGCAUCUUAAAGAAUUUGGCAAGUCCAAAGAAUACUUCAAAAAAGCACUAUUGCUGAGUGAAAAGUCUGGAUUCUGUGAAGUCGAGUUAAACGCCCACUGUAACCUCACAACGCUUAAGUUGUUUGAAGGGGAUGUAAAUGGAGCUAGAUCACAUCUGUUUUCCACUGUUAGUAAGCUGGAGUACAUGCGAAGUUUCCUGAGAGAUAAUGACAAAUUUAAGCUAUCCUUUACUGACAGGCACGCCAGUUGCUACUUGGUACUAAGCGCAUUGUACUGUGAAACUGGAAGUCGUAAUGAAGCUCUAUCUGUUGUAGAACUUGGACGAGCUAGAGCCCUAUCAGACUUGAUGGCAACUCGAUACUGUCUAGAAAAACAAAGAUCAGUCAGUCCACAGACAUGGAUAGAGAUUGGCAAAAUCAUGGAGAAAGAAAGAAAUUGUACUUGUCUAUAUAUUUCAUAUCAUAGACAGCAUCUGUUUCUGUGGAUCCUAAAAGCGGAGAAGCCAAUACUUUUUCGACAAGUAGACAUCAAUGACUGCUUUUCGGAAAAAGGGCGCAAAGUGGAAGUGCUUGAUCUUUUUGCGUACGCAACUUUCCGAAAACUUCAUUUUUUUACCAGGGAAGGAUGA